AUGUCAUCUUACCUUGUUGCCUUCGCAGUUGGAGAACUCGAGUACAUUAGUACAAAAACCAAUAGUGGAGUUGAGAUGCGUGUGUACACUGUUCCUGGCAAAAAAGAACAAGGACAGUACAGUUUGGAUCUCUCCGCCAAGUGCAUUGACUGGUACAAUGAGUGGUUCGAUAUCCCAUAUCCUCUCCCUAAGUGUGACCUUAUCGCGAUUCCCGACUUCUCUAUGGGAGCAAUGGAGAACUGGGGUCUUGUCACUUAUCGUGAGAUCGCACUUCUUGUUGAUCCGGGAGUUACAUCUACUCGCCAGAAAUCCCGAGUUGCUCUUGUGGUUGCCCACGAAUUAGCACAUCUGUGGUUUGGUAACCUAGUGACCAUGAAAUGGUGGACUGAUCUCUGGUUGAAGGAAGGAUUUGCUUCAUUCAUGGAAUACAUGUUUGUUGGAGCUAACUGUUCAGAGUUCAAAAUCUGGCUUCACUUCCUGAACGAUGAAUUGGCUUCUGGAAUGGGUUUAGAUGGGCUCAGAAAUUCGCAUCCAAUCGAAGUGGAGAUCGAUAAUCCAAAUGAGCUUGAUGAGAUUUAUGAUUCUAUCACCUAUGCUAAAUCGAAUUCCGUGAACCGUAUGCUCUGUUAUUAUCUAUCAGAGCCAGUUUUCCAGAAAGGACUUCGCAUUUACUUGAAGAAAUUCCAGUAUUCUAAUGCCGUCACUCAAGAUUUAUGGUCUGCUCUCAGUGAGGCUUCUGGACAAAAUGUCAAUGAACUCAUGUCGGGAUGGACGCAGCAGAUGGGAUUUCCAGUUUUGAACGUUACGCAACGACAGGAUGGAAAUAAUCGUGUUCUGACAGUUGAACAACGGAGAUUCAUCUCGGACGGAGGCGAGGACCCGAAGAACAGUCUCUGGCAAGUGCCGAUUACAGUUUCUGUUGGCAGUGCUCCAAGUGAUGUUAAGGCGAGAUUCCUGUUGAAGGAGAAACAACAGGAGUUCGUCGUCGAGGGAGUGGCUCCAGGCGAAUGGGUCAAAUUGAACUCUGGAACAACCGGAUUUUAUCGCGUCGAGUAUUCUGACGAAAUGCUCACCUCGAUGCUCCCUGAUAUCGCUUCACGAAAAAUGCCUGUACUUGAUCGUUUUGGACUAAUCAAUGAUUUGUCUGCUCUUCUGAAUACAGGACGGGUCUCGAUUGCACAAUUCGUUCAAGUUGCUGCCUCCUCUGCCAAUGAGGAUGAGUACGUUGUGUGGGGAGCUAUCGACGAAGGAAUGAGUAAGCUUUUGGCUUGCUCCCGCGAAAUGUCGGAGGAAACUCUGAAAAGAGCCAAACAACUCAUUGUCAAAAUGUUCGAAAAAACUGGUGCCGAUCUUGGAUUUGCCGAACAGUCCGGCGAGGACACGCAAAAGAUGAUGCUCCGCGCCCUCGUUCAAGCCCGCCUAGCUCGCGCCGGUCAUCAGCCAACUAUCGAUAAAUUCAACCAAAUGUUCACGGACUUCCUCGAGAAAGGAACCCCCAUUCAUCCAGAUAUUCGUCUUGCGACUUUCGGAGUCGUUGCAAGAUCGACUGGCAAAGAAGGAUUUGACAAGUUGAUGAACCUCCGUGAAACUACCACCUUCCAGGAAAUCGAGAGACAAGCAAUGAUUGCUAUGUCGCAGACUCCAGAGCAACCACUGCUAGCACAACUUUUCGAAUACGGAUUUGAGAAAAACAAAGUCCGUCCACAAGAUCAACUUUACCUUUUCCUCGGAACUGGAUCUACCCAUAUGGGACAGCAAUAUGCCUGGCAAUAUUUCUGUGAACAUAUCAAAGAAUUCUUGGAAAAGAAAAGUACAAUUGUUGUCCGAAACAUGGCGCGGAUUACUGUAAACAAUCUCGAUUGUUUUUAUUUGGACAGUUAG